AUGGAAGAGUUAAUAGUUGAGCUGCGCCUGUUUCUUGAACUUCUGGACCAUGAAUAUCUAACUUCGACUGUCAGGGAGAAGAAGGCAGUAAUAACUAACAUUCUCCUGAGGAUACAGUCGUCAAAAGGUUUAGAAAUAAAAGAACAUGUACAGAAGCAAGAAGUCACCAACAGUUUGCCAGCGCCUCCUCAAAUGCCCCUGCCAGAAAUACCUCAGCAGUGGCUGCCACCAGAUAAUGGGCCUCCACCGUUACCAACCUCUUCCCUUCCUGAAGGCUAUUAUGAAGAGGCAGUGCCACUUAGUCCUGGGAAGGCUCCUGAGUACAUCACUUCCAACUAUGACUCAGAUGCUAUGAGCAGCUCUUAUGAAUCCUAUGAUGAAGAGGAGGAGGAUGGAAAGGGGAAGAAAAUGAGACAUCAAUGGCCUUCUGAGGAAGCCUCUAUGGAUCUGGUGAAGGAUGCCAAAAUCUGUGCCUUCCUCCUUAGAAAGAAACGAUUUGGGCAAUGGACCAAACUACUGUGUGUUAUCAAAGAAAACAAACUACUGUGUUACAAAAGUUCCAAGGACCAGCAACCCCAGAUGGAGCUUCUCCUGAAUGACUGCAGUAUCACAUACAUUCCCAAAGACAGCAAAAAGAAGAAGCAUGAGCUGAAAAUAUCACACCAAGGAGCAGAUGCCCUGGUUCUGGCAGUGCAGAGCAAAGAGCAGGCAGAACAGUGGCUAAAGGUUAUAAAAGAUGUGUGCAGCAACUGUACGGGAGCUGUAGACUCUGAUGGUCCAUUGUCUAGUUCUCCAGUACACAAGAUGGAGCUGGAGAAGAAGUUGUCAUUUGAGAGGCCAAGCUCGGAUGGGGAGGGUGCCGUGGAAAACGGCACCACUACUGUGUGCAAUGGGAAAGAACAAGUGAAGAGGAAAAAAAGUUCAAAACCAGAAGCCAAGGGCACUGUGACUAAAGUAACAGGGAAAAAAAUAACGAAGAUCAUUGGUUUAGGAAAGAAAAAGCCUUCAACAGAUGAACAGACCUCAUCAGCUGAAGAAGAUGUUCCAACAUGUG